CUGUGUUUUGUGGGAAACAGGGAACAAUUUUUAAUGCUGUUUUUUUCUCAUUUUUCUUUUUUAACUCUCUUUCAGAAUUCCCCACUCUACCAAUAUCUGCAGGAUUUGGGACACACAGAUUUUGAAGUAUGUUCUUCUGUGUCGCAGAAGGCAGAGCAAUGUGCAGCAGCAGAAAGCCAAAAAGAGCGGACUGUGCAUGCUGCCCAGAAACAAGGCAUCCUGUCAAAACUAGUUGAGUUCUUUAGAAGUUGGUUUCCUUUUCCACAAUAUAAGAAAAACGAUGACAUACUUCACCGACUGGAUGUUGGAUUUCGAUUUGACACGCUCCGUACCAUCCUGCAACAGGAAGUUCUGCUGCAGGAGGAUGUGGAACUGAUUGAGUUCCUUGACCCCAGUAUCCUGUCUGCAGGGCAGUGUAAGCAACAGGAAAACGGACAGCUUCCAACGCUACGCUCCCUAGCAACGCCUAAUAUUUGGGAUGUCUCGCUGUUACUUGCCUUUGUAAGUGCAGUCCUUAUGCUUCCUUCAUGGUGGAAGGAAUCAUCGUGGCUGCUGUGGGGACUAGUUCUGCUUGUCUACGCAGUCUUUCGAGUGUGGGGCACAUGGAGGACAGCCAAGCUGCAAAUGUCCCUGCGAAAAUACUGUAUCCAGCUGGAAGAAACAGUGGCGAAUAGCCGAGCUUUUACUAAUCUCGUGAGGAAAGCUCUACGACUCAUUCAAGAGACUGAAGUAAUUUCCAGAGGAUUUACCCUUUUGCUUGACAGGGUCAGUGCCGCUUGCCCAUUUAAUAAAGCUGGACAGCAUCCUAGUCAGCAUCUUAUCGGUCUCCGGAAAGCCGUUUAUCGAUCUGUCAGAGCCAACUUUCGAGCUUCAAGACUGGCUACUCUAUACAUGCUGAAAAAAUAUCCUUUUUGUAAAAAAACACGAGUUCAG